UGAGUUGAUCACGUGAUCGUGCAACGGCAAGUAUAAAUGGAUCGGGAGUAACGACACCGUGAGUCGAGUUUCUCUUGCAAUACGUUGGGUUCUGCGGCCAUUGACAGUGCAAUAUCUUUGUCUCAAGUUCAUCCCGUACAGCAUUCAAUUUUAAGACUUGAGAACCUGCUGGACCACCGUCGUCCAAUCGAGAAUCAAAUUCGUCCUUCCGGCCAAAGCUGUUGUGGUCAACUUACCUCUUUCUUGCUUAGCAACCGUCCGGAAUACAUACACAAUGGUGUUGCCUUUCCAAGACUCGAGUGACGAUGCGGGCAAUGAGGUCGCUCAAUCCCACAUCCCGGCCAACACCCACAUCGACCAUCUGUGCUCGUUGGAUAUUAACACCAAAGCUUCCCGAGUACGUCUCUCAGGAAUCAUCUGCACCAUUGGUCCCGCUUCGGCCAAGGUUGAGAUGCUCGAGAAAAUGGUUGAAACUGGAAUGAACAUUGCCCGGAUGAACUUUUCACAUGGAUCCUACGAAUACCACGGAAAUACCGUUGCUGCCGUCCGUCAAGCUGUCAAAAAUUUGGGGGAUAAGCUGAAGAUGACCGUGCCCGUCGCCAUUGCCCUCGACACCAAAGGACCCGAAAUCCGCACUGGCUUGCUAGAGGGAGGACCAUCAGCCGAAGUGGAAUUGAAGAAGGGAGCCUCCGUCAAGUUGACCACCGAUCCAGCAUUCUUGGAGAAAGGCACGGCUGAGCUCAUCUUCAUCGACUACGUUAACAUCUGCAAGGUCGUCCAUGUAAACAGCCACGUCUACGUUGAUGAUGGUCUCAUUUCCCUUAUUGUCAAGGAAAUUGGAAGCGAUCAUCUCGUCUGUGAAAUUGAAAAUGGCGGCAAAUUGGGAAGCAAGAAGGGAGUCAACUUGCCUGGCACCAAUGUCGAUUUGCCAGCUGUUUCGGAGAAGGACAAGUCUGACCUUCUCUUCGGUGUUGAGCAAGGGGUUGACAUGAUCUUCGCAUCUUUCAUCCGAAAUGCCGCCGCCGUUCACGAGAUCCGUCAAAUUCUUGGCGAGAAGGGCAAAAACAUUCUCAUCAUCUCCAAGAUCGAGAACCACCAGGGUGUUCACAACCUCGACGAGAUUAUCGAAGCAUCCGACGGUAUCAUGGUUGCUCGUGGUGAUCUUGGUAUUGAAAUCCCUCCCGAGAAAGUCUUCUUGGCCCAAAAAUGCAUGAUCGCUAGGUGCAAUAAGGCUGGCAAACCCGUCAUUUGUGCCACUCAAAUGCUCGAGUCCAUGAUCACGAAACCUCGUCCCACCCGUGCUGAGGGCUCUGAUGUAGCCAACGCUAUCCUCGAUGGUGCCGAUUGCGUCAUGCUUAGCGGAGAAACCGCAAAGGGAGACUAUCCGCUGGAUUGUGUCCGCACCAUGGCCAACAUUGCCAAGGAAGCCGAGGCUGCCAUGUGGCAUAAGCAGCUUUUCACUGAGCUCUCUGGCAUGGUCGUGACUCCAGCUGAUUCCACUCACACUGUGGCCAUUGCUGCAGUUGAGGCUGCAUUCAAGAGUCAAGCGGCAGCCAUUAUUACGCUAACCACCAGUGGUACAACCGCUCAUCUGAUGGCCAAAUACCGACCCCGUUGCCCAAUUAUUGCCGUCACCAGGAACGAGCAGGUGGCCCGUCAAUGUCAUUUGUGGCGUGGAAUCCUGCCACUUCACUUCUCAGAAUCCCGUGUGCCUGAUUGGCUUAAGGAUGUCGAUGCUCGCGUCCAGUAUGGCAUCAAUUUCGGAAAAAGCCGUGGUUUCAUCCGCGCUGGUGACCCUAUCAUCGUCAUCACCGGAUGGAAGCAAGGAUCAGGAUUCACCAACACUUUUAGACUCCUGUAUGUGGAUACUGAUUAAACACGCAGCUUCUGUUUUUGGCUUCAUGCAAACGCAGCGACAUAAACAACACACACAUACUUACACACAGAACAACAACUAUGUCGGAUUCCCGCCUUGAGCGUCUAAUUAGAUAAUCUUGUUUGUUCCUUUUUUUUUUGUUAUUGGAAACGUAGUCUUCAUUUGUCCUACAUUGUUUUUCAACGUUUUCCUAAAUCUCGUCUAUGAUCUUUAUAGUAUCUGUGCAGAGAAGCUGAAGCAUUAAAUGGAACUGAGUUGUUGGUUCUAAACGAGUAAA